AUGAGUGCUGACAGAAGGAACAGACAACCACGAUCUGAAGAUAUUGAGAUUGAUGAUGUUCAGACAAGCAUGGAGUCUACGUUCUAUGAUAUUGAAGACCUGAGGAAUGACGAACCUGGUCUUAUUCGCCGCAAAGGCAUCAAUAUCACUUGCCCUAUCGAUGGAAGAAUGGGCGCUGCAUAUGUCCACUGCGUGCAAGGCGAAGAAAAUGUGGGCAGGGCUACGCCCUUUCUUAGCUGGACUUGGGGAUACACCGUUGGGGAUGUUGUCGAUACGUUGGUAGCAUAUUGCAGUGCCAGCGGUUAUGAUCCGAAAUUGACGUUCGUUUGGAUUUGCAGUUUCUGUAUAAAUCAACACCGUGUUGUGGAACAACAGAAGUUGCAGAGGUCCGGCAUGCUUCGGACGGCAGUAGAGGGAAUGAUGUUGCUGCCGUUAAACCGAGGCAAGCACAAAGAAGCCUUACAGCAACACAAUAUGGCCGUGAACAUCAGGGAGACAUUCUUGGGUAGUGAUCAUCCCGAUACAGCUCUUUCCCUGGAUGGCCGAGGUUGUGCUCUUGCGGCGCUAGGAGAUAUUGAUGGUGCCCUGAAACAACAUGAGAAAGCAUUGGAAAUCUGGGAAAGGGCACCAGAGGUCGAAAGCAAGGCCAAGAAAGCCCUGUGUCAUUCAUUCAUGGGAACGGCAUUCCAAUUGAAGAAUCUACGGGAAGCUGCACUUCAUCAUUUCCGCAAAGGCUUGGAAAUGCAGGAACUGCUUUAUGUGAGAAGGCACCCAGAGACAGCGGCCACCCACCACGCACUUGGAUCGGUAUGCAUUGAUCUUGGUGAUCAUGAAACGGCUCUGUACCAUCUCGGCAUUGCAUUGUCAGUUCGGCGGUCGCUAUUGGGUGAUCUACACCCAGAGACAAUGGUUUCUCAGGAACGAAUCACAAAAGUCGAACGAACGAAGAAUGAGGUAUCAGUUGAGCAAUUUUUGGUGAGAGCAUUGCUUUGCAGACUACAUGACGCAACAAGACUUUGCGUUCCAUUAGAAAGUGUAGUGAAGUUGCUAUCCAAGAAUCACGAUAAAGAGAAUGAUGAUGAACACAGCAGAAAACACAAGCGCGCGAUUGCCAGGGCUGGAUGCAUCAAAGCAGUCAUCGCCGCCAUGCAGAUGCAUCCAAGUGUGGUGCGGGUUCAAGUUGGGGGCUGCAGUGCGCUGGAAUUGCUUGCCAAAGAUACUGACAAACGGGUUGCCCAUGCUAACCAAGUGCCAUCGCUGAUGCUGGGGGCAUCACAACUAUCAUCAGAGCUAUGGAAAACCAUCCCGCUACAGCACAAGGAGAGGCAUGUUCAAUGCACAACCAUCCCACAGAACAAGAAGAGGAUGUGGUUGUCAGAUACCGACGAAUCUAGCGCUUCAAAACAACGAGUCAAUUUCCAAUGCUGGAGGUGUAACUAA